CUGCAGUGCACUCUCCUCCUGGCUGAGUGGAAACAUCAUGAGUCUGCAAGACUUUCAGAGGAACAGCCCUGUUUCUGCGAACUGAAUCUAGAACAACCGAGGCGCACAGAGGAACUGAAGGACGGCGUUUCCUCCUGCCUCAGACCUGGCGAUGCCAUGCUGGCUCAGAGGAAUGGGGUUCCUGCGGGCUGUAAGCCGGUUCGCCUGAAGGAUCACCCUGACCUGCAGGAUGUAGAGAAGAACUCAGGAGGCUGCUGCUCGUUCUCCACCUCCCCGACGUCCGGCGGCUGUCCCUGGGCUCGGCUGGCCGGCGUGGACGGCUGCCUUUCGGAGCCGUACUGCCUCUGGUUCCAGCUCCUGGCCCGUGCCUACUGGGGAGACGUUGAGUUGGGGGUCUCCAGUCCCAACCGCAGCGUGUCCUGGGCUCGUCUCCGGGAAGCAUCCAGGAAGAACUGCGUCCGAUCUCGGGCGAAGCAGAAGGAUGGACGGGAUCAGAGCGAGACGUCGGCCACCGUUACUCCAGGGGCCGAGGAGGAGCCCUUCUCCUGGCCGGGGCCGAAGACGCUCCGCCUGCGGCGAACGUCGCAGGGCUUCGGCUUCACGCUGCGACACUUCAUCGUCUACCCACCGGAGUCGGCGGUCCACAACUCUCUGAAGGAUGACGAGAACGGCAGCCGGGGGAGACAGAGGAACCGUCUGGAGCCAAUGGACACCAUUUUCGUCAAGCAAGUGAAGGAGGGAGGCCCCGCCCACGGAGCUGGACUCUGCACAGGGGAUCGGCUGGUGAAGGUGAACGGAGAAAGCAUCAUCGGGAAAACGUACUCCCAGGUCAUAGCUUUGAUCCAGAACAGCGAUGCGUCGUUGGAACUGUGUGUGAUGCCAAAAGAUGAGGACAUUUUGCAGCUGUUUUCCAGGGAUAUCACUGCUCUGGCAUAUUCCCAAGAUGCAUACCUCAAAGGAAAUGAGGCUUACAGCGGAAAUGCCCAGAACAUCCCGGAACCCCCUCCCAUAUGCUACCCUCGGAUAGAGCUAAAGGCUGCGGCCAUGGCCCAGCCAUCCGACCAGGGAGCAGGAAAAAGAGGGGCCCCUUCAGAGAACAGCUACCGGGUGGAGAUCCCUGUCCCACCGUCUCCUCCUGAUGAUCCUUCACACCAGCAGGUGUCAAAGCCUCAGUUCUCAGCGUCCAUCAACAGCGAGACCAUCAGGACUCCAUCUGUACCCCCUCAUCUGGUAGACAGGGGGUCCCGGCUUAACCGGACCGGACCCAGUCACAGGACGGAAGAAAACCGGUACGAUUCGCCAGCGGAUAGACCCAGACCGCUUAUCUCUAGUCACCCAGGAAGUGCUCAGUUACAGGGCGCUUCCCCAUCAUCAGCCUCCAGACCUGCUACCGUUUUUCCUGAGAUCUCAUCGGCCACGGUCCGGGCUCCUCUCGCUGCUGUAUCAACAGAAACUUUCUCUACAACCACCUCGCCCACUACCAACCACUGUUCCCCCUCCCCUCCGGCAGCAACCACCUCGCCUCACCGGAACAUCGACUGGAGGAACUACACCACCUACAAGGACUACAUCGACGCCAAGAGGCUGCAUACUUAUGGCUCCCGCACCAUCCAGGAGCGCCUGGACAGCCUGCGAGCUGCAGCCAGCUCUACCUCUGCCUAUGCCCAGCAGCAGCGAGCGCCGCUGCCCUGCGCCAAUCAGAAGGGCGCCUCAGGCUCUCCGGUCAGACGCAGAAGUGCUUCAAAUGAUCGCGGGGCGGAGCUUGCUGCCAGUGCUCCACUUCGCAGCGCCUCACAGGAGAGGCUUGGUGGACCACCUGACAAGACUUCUCGGAACUGGCCUCGGAGUGUUUCUCAGGACGCGCUGCCGUUCUCCAGCACCACCAGGGUCAUCAAACCCCGAGCGAGGUCCUGCGACCACAUAGGCCAGCAGCUCGGAGAGCAAAGCAAGGUCUGCUUGGGAGGUAAGGUGGAGGAAAGACAGGAAACAAGCCAGAGAACCCUACCGCCUCUAAACAGGAGUCUCACAGGUCCAGAGCAGGAACAGCGGUCUUUUAACUCGCCAUUAUCUGCUCCUGAUGUUACUAAAGCUCCAAUAGAUUCUGCACUAACGGCGAGAAAGGACGGCCUCAUUAUGAGACCCUCACGUCUCCCUGUCAAAAACUCCCUCUCUGACUUUUCUCCCACCUCGUCCUCCAUUAAAACCACAGAGCCUCUCAGAGACCAAAGAGUGUACGCCAUGGGGAACCACCUCAGCUACUCCUCCCCUCUGAACCUUCAGCUCAGGGGCAGAGCGGACAGUCUGAAGAUGGAGAACAGGUUAGAUUCAGGAUUAGCUGCCAGGUCCUCAUCCUGCUCCGGUUCCUCCUCCAGACUGCCAAUAAACAGACAGAUAAAGAGUGAAGUGAUCACAAUAUCCUCAACCGCAGCUGUCUCCCCAAAGCCAAACGGCAAAGAAACAUGUGCACUUGAGAGGACUAACGGCGGCCUUUCAGAGGGUGUCCAAGGACCUGAUGCAACGGUUGUUGUUCUAAGAAGGGACAAGACCUCUGGAGGUGCCCGUCCUCGUCCUCCUUCCUACGUGUUGGCCAUCAGUGACAAACAGAGAGAGGCAAAGCACAAGUCGCCACCGUUGAUGAAGGCCGGCUCUGCCGAUGGAGCGACGUGCUGGGCGUCCAAUGAGAGCUGCAGGGAGAUUCACCUGAGGAGGCUGGGAGACACUCGACACAAAUCCGGCUCCAGCAACCUGGAUGACUCCCUGGACUCCAUCCCCUUCAUAGAUGAACCGUCCAGCCCCAGCAUUGACCUGGACAGCACGCACAUUCCUGCCUCCGUGCUGAUCUCUACGACGCCCGUCAUCACCACCAUCCCACCCAGCCCCUCGUCUUCGUCUCCUCUGCUUCGACGCCACCUGUCCCACGAUCAAGACGCUCUUCAUCUUACAAUUAUCGGGUCAGACUCCGGUAGUAAAUCUGAGCGGUCCAAGUCGUACGACGAAGGUAUUGAUAACUACCACGAGGAAAGCAGAGGGAGGUCUUUACUUCCUGGUCUGAAAGGUCUGAGGAAGGCUGUAGACAGGUCAUCAGACGAUUCCGGCUCCAGGCUGGAUUCCUCAUCAGACGUCUUCUGUGAUGCAACCAAGGAGGGCUUGCUACAUUUUAAGCAGCUAAAUGCAGAUAAGGGAAAGCGUGUAGGAGGAGGAAAUCGACAGUGGAAACAGAUGUACGGCGUGUUGCGAGGACACUAUCUCUGCCUCUAUAAAGACAAGAAGGAGGGCCAAGCUCACGCCAGCUGCCAGACUAUAGAGGAGCCCCUGCAGAUCAGCAUCAAGGCCUGUCUGAUCGACAUAUCCUACAGUGACACCAAGCGCAAAAAUGUCCUGAGGCUGACCACGUCGGACUGUGAGUACCUGUUCCAGGCUGAGGACCGAGAGGAUAUGCUGGCCUGGAUCAGAGUCAUACAGGAGAGCAGCAAUCUGGAUGAGGAGAACUCAGCUUUCACCAGCCAUGACCUCAUCAGCCGAAGGAUCAAGGAGUACAACACCUUGAUGAGCCCGACGGGCAGCAAGAGCGAGGCGUCCCCCAGAGCUUCACGCCAGUCCCUCAGCAUCAGACAGACGCUGCUAGGAGGUAAAGGAGAGUCUAAAGCAACGAGUCCACAAUCCCCCAAACCUGAGCAGGAGAGGAAGAACAUGCACAAAGAUGACACCAGCCCUCCCAAAGACAAAGGGACGUGGAGAAAGGGCCUCCCUGGGCUCAUGAGGAAACCCUUUGAGAGGAAACCGUCUCCUGGAGUCACAUUUGGAGUCAGACUGGAUGACUGUCCUCCUGCACAGACCAACAAGUUUGUGCCCCUGAUCGUUGAGGUUUGCUGUAACCUGGUGGAGGAGAGGGGGCUGGAGUACACGGGCAUCUACAGAGUCCCUGGAAACAACGCCGCCAUCUCCAACAUGCAGGAGGAGCUCAAUAACAAGGGCAUGGGUGACAUCGAUAUCCAGGAUGAUAAAUGGAGGGACCUCAACGUGAUCAGUAGCCUAUUGAAGUCCUUCUUUCGAAAGCUUCCUGAGCCCUUGUUUACCAAUGAUAGGUACGCUGAUUUCAUCGACGCCAACAGAAUAGAGGAUCCGGUGGAGAGACUCAAAGUUCUCAAGAGACUUCUUCAUGAGCUACCAGAUCAUCACUACGAGACCCUGAAGUUCCUCUCUGCUCAUCUAAAAACUGUAGCUGAGAACUCAGAGAAAAAUAAGAUGGAGCCGAGGAACCUGGCCAUCGUGUUCGGGCCCACUCUGGUGCGGACCACCGACGACAACAUGACCCACAUGGUGACGCACAUGCCCGACCAGUACAAGAUAGUGGAGACGCUUAUUCAGAACUACAACUGGUUUUUCACCGACGAUGGAAAUGGAGAUCCAGUGACCGCCUCCCAUGAAGAGAGCGCCGUGGAGUCUCAGCCCGUCCCCAACAUCGACCACCUGCUCACCAACAUCGGUCGCACCGGCGCGUCACAGGGCGACGUAUCAGAUUCACCAACUAGUGACUCGGCUAAAUCAAAGGGUUCCUGGGGUUCUGGGAAGGACCAGUGCAGCCGAGAGCUCCUGGUCUCCUCCAUCUUUGCUGCCGCCAGCCGGAAAAGAGGGAGGUCAAAGGAGAAGCCGCUGCCUAGCAGCUCGGAUGAUGAUUUCGAUGCCGUUUUUCCCAGAAAGGAAGCUUCUGACCAAAAGCUGAACCACCACUCGCUGCAGACCAAGGCUCUGAGCGAGACCCGCCCCAGCGCCAAACCAAGAGCUGAGGAGAGGAAGGAGAAAGGGAGGAGCGUGGAGCUCGCCUCUAAGGCCAAGAGGGAGCAUAGACACUCGUUGUUCCUGAAAGAAAAGACUCCGCCCAGAAGGCCCUCACCGUCUCCCUCACCGUCACCAGUGAUCAACGAGCAAACUGUCGCUCAGAGGAAGAUCUCCCUGUCAGAUCCUCCGUCCCAGCUGGAUGAAAACACCUCCGACCUCAGCACCAUGAGCUCCGGGGCAUCCAUCCCACGAUCAAGACCAAAGAAGUGGGCCGGUGGAGCGUCCCUGGAUCUGCCUGCAGGCGUUGGACCAGGAGGAGGCGCUGGGACGUCGGCUGGAGCCGAGGUGAGCUCCAUCACCUCCGACUACUCCACCAACUCCUCCAUUACAUUCCUGACCGCCGCCGAGUCGAGCGUUCUCAGUCCGGAGCUGCAGGGCGGAGAGGAGGCCGACGACGAGCGCAGCGAGCUCGUCAGCGAGGGCCGACCCAUGGAGACGGACAGCGAAAGCGAAUUCCCCUUGUUUGCUCCGGGGGGCGGCAGCAGCCAGUCCACGCCUUGUCCGAAGCAGGGUCAGCAGAAAACCGACGCAGGGGCUAAAGGAGGCGCUACGGAGGGGGCGGGCCCACAGAAACAGGAAGUGCGCCGCCUUUUCCCCACACACAGGAUGAUCGAGUGUGACACCCUGUCCAGGAGGUGGUCCCUAAGGCAUAAAACUGAUAGUGACUCAUCAGCAGAGGGCGCUGUGGGGAACGAGGGGAGAGCAGAGUCUGCCAGCAGGUUGUCUCGAGUCUUGGAGGUGAUGAAGAAAGGCCGAUCGUCGAGCAGCAUCAGCUCCUCUUCGCGCAGCGAGUCGGAGCGCGCCGAAUCACCCUGGCACCUCAAAAUCACCGAGCGGCUGAGGUUCAGGAUACGAUCCUCUGCCGACGACAUUUUCACUGCCAAGAGCCCGGCGGUUGAUGCCAGGAGCAAAAAGAAGAACAUCCGGCGGAGGCACACCAUGGGCGGCCAGAGAGACUUUGCAGAGCUAGCGGUCAUCAACGAUUGGAGGGAGCAGGGCGGCGUAGACCAGGCGGCCGAUCUGUCGGCUCUGGACCGCCUCAAACCCAGGUGCUCCUCUCAGGAACUUUCCAUCCGAGACUGGAUCAGCCGUGAGCACCUGAGGGUGUCCGACCCGGGCGCAGAGGCGGCACCUAAAGCGGUGCCGGAGGACGAUCAUCUCAAAGCUUCCGACGUCGUACCUGAAAAACCUCAGCCAACGACGGCGGAGCAGGUCAACGGCGGCGGGGUCCAGGACACAAAUAAAACCCCGCUGGCGCCGGACACUCACCCGCACAAACUCCCCGGAGCGCAAGUCACCCGCUCACGGUUUUACCAGUACCUGUAGGCGGGAGAAACCCACCAGAGCGAGUGUGUUCAAGUGUGAAUGUGUGUAUUUUAGCACAAUAUUUUUAUACUAAAGUAUAAUUUCUGUAUCUAGUGUACAUACUGUGUAUAAGCUCUGAUGAUUGUUACUAAACUAAUAUUAAAGAUCAUUAAGUUUUCCGCCAUACUGGAACAGACACGGAAAGGAAACAUGAACUUUCUCCUGCAGAAAUGACCCGAAAAACUGAAAAAAUAGACGAUUUUUGAGGCGGGAGGAUUCAUGUUUCAGUUCUUCCUCAUUUUGAAGAAUGUAUUAAUCUUUCUGGGCUGAUAAGAGAUGCUUGAGACGAGACCGUCUGUUUCUUUUCUGCCUGUACUUGAAGUACAUAGGAAAACCGACGGCUGCGUUCUGUGGGAAGUUUUAUUUCCACAGCCGGAAAUUAGCUGGAAGAACUGGAGGAUUGUUCUAGAUUUAUCCCCAAACAGGCUUUGAAAUGGUAAUGAGAUGCUGACGCUGUGGUAUGUAAUGCUUUGGUAAAUCAGUUUUUAUUUCCCAGAAAAAGGUCUGUUUUUACAUGUUCGACUUGUUUUUAUCUCUGAAAAAGUGCCUGUUUUGUUUUCAUUUAAAGACCAGUUGUUUUUUUUUAUAAACAGAACGAUUGUUUUAACCAAGAAAUCCAGUUUUCAGUAAAAUCUACUUCUCCAGCAUUUAUUUCUCUCCUGACCACACCUCUGUUUUUGUUUUUUAAAUGUGGUAAAAGGCACCAGCGCCUUUAACUGGAAGAGACUAGAAGAAAGCAGGUUUGAAACCUGUACGAUGCGAAUGUUUGCUGCAGCAGAGCUUGGGUUCAGUGCUGCCCCGUCCCAACAAACACUGGAAAUAAAGAAAAACAUGAAGUCCA